AUUUCAUCAUUGUUAUAAACAAAUAUUAAAUACUGUUUUAGUUCUUUUUUAACGCUUUUUGCUUUUAUGAGUGCAUGCAUACAUAGAUUCGGAACAUCAAUAGCCAGGGAAAAAUUCAACAGCCCAUAGUCUGAUGUAACUACAACGCAACACCCUAGGAUGGACUCAGUGCAAGCUUGGCUGUCUGAGAUCCGACUGAUGACUGAGACAGAGUGCAUGUCAGUUCUUCAAGGGAAAUCACUCUCGCAGGAUCUGCAGCAAAGCUCAACAACGCUCAUAAAAUGUGGUAUUGAUGCAAUCAGAAGUCAGUCACAUACCAUCAGUAGUGAGUUCUCAAAGUUGUUCAAGUGUGUGGAGAAUGAGAAAUGGCGCCACGUGCAGCCGCUUACAGUCCAAGUGACGUGUCAUAUACGAUCAUUGAUCCAGGAAUGCAACAAAUGUCUCCACCACACGCCAAACUUCAUUCUAGAGCAACAAGAGGUUGUGAUGGGAGAGUGUGCAAAACUUGCACAACAAGUUGAAACGUACAUGUCAGCGACCUCAAAAUCCAGUCUGAAGACAGUGAAGAUACCCCUUGUUAAUCAGCUCACAUUCCUAGGCCAGUCUUUCAGCCGCUUUGUAGAUAUGGCUCUCGGAUACCUCGUACAGAAACUUGUAGAAACCCUGGAUGAAUCUCAUACGCCCUUAGCUCUGACCAGCUGUAUCAGCACUGUGAUCAGUCUGGGCCUGGAAGGGGAACACAUGUGUUAUGUUCUAUCUAGAGAAGGUUGCAUUCGAGCCUUGUUCGAGAUCAGUCGGACAGACACGCUGGAGUUUGCGCAUGUCCAGUCUCUAAGAGCGUUGGCCACGAUCUGUUGCGUCCCAGAGUCGAUACUUGAACUCGAGAAAGAGGGCGGAGUGGACAUCUUGACAGACAUCUUGUGCGACAAGACCGUGUCAGAAGCUGUGAGGGGAGAGGCAGCGGGCGUUGUGGCCCAAAUUACCUCCCCCUGUCUUGAUAACUUUCAGCACAUCACGGGAUUUAUUGACAAUGUGCAGGAUUUGUUACGUGCCUUAAUAAACCUUUGCCACACAACCACUUCUCACGAGACAUUCCUGCUGGGAGCUGCGGCCAUUGCCAACAUCACGUUCAUGGACAGUCAGACAUGUGACGUUCUACAGGGGCUGGAUGCUCUCAAGCUGCUCAUUCAUGCGUCCGGUCAGCCGAAAGCCAAGUCCCUGUUUGUAAAAGAUCAGAUCGCCACCAUUCUUGCCAAUAUGGCCACCACAGACCUCUCACGCCGGGACAUCAUCUCUUACAACGGGAUCCCCCUGCUCAUCCACUACCUCGAGCAGCGCCCUGCGGACUGCCGACAAGACGCCGAGGUGUCAGCGUGCGAGCGUCUGCAGCAGAAGGCGGCCAUAGCCCUGACGAGGCUCUCUAAGGACGGGGUUACUGCUGCCAUGAUUGUUGAGUUACAAGGUGUACCACGACUGGUUCAGCUGUGCAGGAGCAGCGAAGAGAGGAACGGAAGUGAGGCAGUCUUGGUGGCCAGCCUUGCAGCUCUUCGUAAGAUCUGUGCUCUGUGCCCGUGUCCAGACAUCACGACGGUGGACUACCAUCAGCUGAUUAAACCUCGACUGAUGGACUCAUUCCUGAUGUGCUCAAAAACAGAUGAAAACUUUGUUUAACUCUAGAAAUAGCCUAUUCUCCAUAUUUUUUGGUAAACCGCCCUAAUCUGUAGGUCUUCUGUACAAUGCCAACCCAUUUUAUCUUCAAGUGGUAGUUUCAAUUAUUACAUUUGAUACAGUCUGUGAUUUUUAAAAGAUUUUUGAUUCAAUAAUGUGGUUUAUACCUAAUGUUCUGUAUGGUUUUCCAAAAUCUUGCACAUUUUCUACAGAUGAGUGGUAUUUUUCAAAAUCUUGCACAUUCGCAGAUUAAUAAGUUUUUCCAAAAUCUUGAACAUUUUCUGCAGAUUAGUAGGGUUUUCAAAAAUCUUGAAUAUUUUCUACAGUUUAAUGGGGUUUUCCAAAAUCUUACAUUUUUUUGGUAAGACUAUAUAAACAUACACAUGUAUGUUGACUUGUUGAGUUUAUCAUGUGCUCACAAAACACAAUAUUUGUCUGCCUAUAUAAUUAUAUUAACACCACAUAUUUAUACAUGUUGCUGUUAUAAUGUCCACAAUUAUGUGAUUUAUAUUACAGUUACUUUAUUUUUAUGUGCUCAUCUGUACAUUUUAGCGGCAGUCAAAAAAGCAAACAUGUAUGUCAAACAUGUUAUGGUUAAUUUUUUGAUGCUGUUAUUCAGACACCCUCCAUUUAUAAACAGGAUAUUUACAAUUUGUAUACGUUAUAAAAUUAUUUACACUAUGUUUAAUAUUGUAGGUUGUUUAAGAAUGAUUGACAAUCAUCUGUUUUCUUUUGUCUUUAUGUAAAUAGUGUUAACAGUAUUUGCUGGGAAAUUUGUGCACACUAGAAUUUUUUUUAGUAAAUGAACACUCACUUUGAAUUGAUGUCUAGACAAGGAUAUAUUGUACAAUCAUUUUCUGAUUAAGAAAUCCAUUAUUUCAUGUGUCCACGAAACAACCAUUUUUUCAACAACCACAAAAUUUCAUGCAGACGAAUACAAAUAUUUAAGUUUUAUUUUGACCACGAUUGCCCCCCUUUGUUCCUUCAGGACUUAAAAAGGGCAUUUUCCUACCGAUUCUAGGGGCCGGCACAUACUUUACGGGCCACUUUAGGGACCAAGGAUUCAAGCUAAAUUACAUUCCUUUUGUCAAUAUACACUAUGUAUGUAAUGAAAGGUGUACAUUUUUAAUUUAUCAAAAGAUUGUACAAGGGAAAAAACAAAGUAUUAUUAUAAACAUUUCUUUCUAUUACAAUGAAGGGGUGUAAGGGAUAUAAUUUGACUAUUAUAAGAUCAUUAAUUCUGAACACUUAUUUCUAACAUCUGAACAUAUAAAUUGACAGCCAUGCAGAUAGGCUUCAAAACAUGGCGUGUAACUACAACUAUCUUAAUUUGGAAAGUCAUGGUUUGAUUAGCAUAGGCAUUUAAUUUCUAUAAUAUUUUUGUACACACACCUUUUAUUUCCUAUUUUUGUCUUUUAAUUGAUUUUAGUCGUGCUCUGUGAAAAAGGGGUUUAAUGCAUGUGCGCAAAGUGUCGUUCCAGAUUUGUGUAUGCAUAAUGUAUUUUGAGUUUCAAUUUUCCUAUCUGGGCCACUG